GACCCGGUCUUUUUCCUUGUCCUCCGCCUCCGUUUCACAUCCUCAUCCUCUACCCCGAUCCGACGUCUCAUCAACCUCAAACCCCUUUCCGUCGCUGCAUCUCCACGUUCACCAUCCUUGAACAGAUCACCCCGGAUAGCCAGCGUGGUCUUGCAUGGCUGCCACUACCACUCAUCAUCAACGCAACGGCGGCUGGGCGGGCGUUGUGCACCAGCAGCCGUCGUCAUCAUCAUCGACUAGCGGCAACACCUCCAAGACAUCCGCUUCUGUGCAGCAGCAACAUCAACAGCAGGUCUUGACCUCCGUUCAUCUGCACGACAUCACCAUGGCUGUUGCGACGAAUCAGCGCAAACGUCAACAUCCUACCAGUAGCAGCAGCGACGACGAUGAGCGUGCAACUCCCUCGUCAUCAUCAUCAACGACGGCGGCGCAUUCAUCUCGCCAAGUCAUGGCUGCCGUUCAACGACUGCGCCAACGUAUCGUGUCCGCCGGAUCAUCACCUGAUCAUGACGAUCAUGAUGUUGAUGGGGUGUCCACACGAGCAUACAUUCAUACGGAUGCGGCCAACUUCACUACAAGGCGACCAUCCCAUGAUAGCAUCGUGAGCGAGGAAAUGGCGUCCUACCCUGGGUCACCACCCAUGCAACGUCUCACAGCUUCCUCGCCACCACCUCCUCGAGCACCUCCCGCCACUACCACGACGCACCGCGGGAGCGAGCCUUCGCUCUACGAAGCCAUCUUCGGCAGCAACGUGGCACGGCGCUUGCACUCUCGCGACCCUGCGAGGGCAACUACUCCACCACCUUCAACUGCUCCCACUCUUCCUCAGACACCCAAGCGUCAGGACGCACGUGGCUCGCCCUUCACCUCCCCUGCUCACCACCGACCGGGCAUCUCCGCCAAACUUCAUCACCUCUCCUCCCUCCCGCAGCUCGGCUCACCAGAGCGAGCGAGGCGUGGCGGACCACCAGCUGGGAUCGACCCGCACAACAGCCCGAGUCGCGAGGCAAUGGAGAGGGAGGAGGAGAUGGCUUUCAGUCAUCCGAGGCAGGCCUUUGUUGUCUACUCACCAGGAGGCAGAGGGCCCAGGACCCCGUCCACGCCAAAGAAGAGGAGGAGAAUCGACGUCGAUUCACUGCCGCCUCCCCCGAGGCUGGCGCAGGGGCAAGAAUCGCGCUACCACGAAGGGCGUGAGGAGACGGACCGAGUUGCAGGCGUGUUGGCCGCACUGGCGGACGAACGCAAUCGUCUGACGCCCAGUAGCGCUCGGGGUAGCCGCCCGCCCACCACACCUACCCAGCCGCAGCGUUUACCCAUCACUCCUACUCGCCACCAAGACUCGCCAGGUGGAACCUUUGCCGACCCAAGCAGCAUCACACCACGCCGAGCACGGGUCAAUACCAACAACGCCAACUCUUCGACGUCAGGGCCAGGGGCACCUCCGGUCACGCCCCACACCGAGGGGGAUGCAUUGGCUGCAAACGUUCUCUUGGGAUUUGCGAGCAGCCCACAGCCACAGCAAGGACAUCAAAGCCAGGCGACAGGACAUGGCCACCCUGGUACGCCGAGCCUGUUGGACUCGCUCGAACGCCGCAAGUCUACCGCGCCAACGUGGGGCCGUAACGUCGGUGGAGGCGGAGGCGGCGGCGGCGGUGGCACACUCUUCGAAGCCUGCCACUCGGGCGUGCUUCAGCCGGCAGCAAAGAUUUCCCCUCCCACGUACAGCUACGGCGGGCACUCUCGCUCCCACACUGGCCCUUCUGCCUCGUCUUCGCGCCCACGCCUGCCCACGGUCGAUGAGAGCAGCACCUCUCCAGCGCAGCAGGAGCAGCCACGCACCCCAUCCCCUACUCCCUCAUCCCAUUCCGUCCUCUCCACCCCACGUACUCCGCACACGACAAGCAAUUGCUUCGCCUACUCCGAAUUCGUGAACGUCUCGCCUUCGCCUCAGCCGCGAAGUCGGGGUCCUUCGGCGUCUGGUGCACGUUUUGUCAGCUUUGCUGAUGGGGACGGGUGGGACGAUGGAGCAGGGCAGGAAGUGGUGCUCACCCCAGGCGCAUUUGAGCAGGCAGGCUCGCCCGUCAUCAGACGAUACAGGGGUCUCAGCUUUGAUCCGGCCACGGCGAGCCCUACGCUCAGUUCUGGGCAGAGGCAGAGGAAGCGCUCUAAUGUGAAUGGGGGCCGGGGACUUGGAUUCGAUUUCGCUCCGUGAAGAGGGGAGAGGUGAGGAGGAGGAGGAGCAAGAUUGAUUUGAGCGCGGAAGGAUGGUCGAUCUCAGAGAGGGAAAGGAUCGACCUCCCGUGCCGCUGCGUUCCGUUUUUGUAUGUACUGCUGCUACGCUGUGCGUUUGCUUUGCUUGACUUCCUGCUUUCGCUUUCUCCCUUCCCUCUAUUCGCCCCUUUCUGUCUUGUGCGUCUCUCUGUACCAUCUCUCCCACUCUCGACGUGCUGCUAUACCUCUCUCUUUAACGAUCGCCCUCGAUACCUCUCUACUGCGCGUGAUCACGACUCGCGAAUACGUAUCACUCGCCUCCGGGCAAU